AUGAGUGCACAAGGUGAGGGACCCGGUCAGCCUUCCACUGCUGCCCAGGAGCAACCUGCAACCGCAGAGCCUCAGAAGAGAGGACGAGGCAGACCCAGGAAGCAACCACAAGAACCAACUGGUGAGCCAUCUCCUAAAAGACCAAGAGGAAGACCCAAAGGAAGCAAAAACAAGAGUCCCUCUAAAGCAGCUCAGAAGAAAGCAGAAGCCACUGGCGAAAAGCGACCCAGGGGCCGGCCUAGAAAAUGGGUAUGUGUUUCUGAGUUCCAUCCCUGCAUGAUGAAAUGGAGGGCAAUGUUCUAUUCUGCUCCAGAGAGAAAUGUGGUUAAAUUACUAUAA